CCUCUACUGCCUGACCCUGCCAUUUCUCUUCCCUGGGCACAGGAGGCAUAUACGGAAUACCUGAGGAGCAUCCACUAUAUCUCCCAGGUGCUGCUGGAAGAAGUGGAAACCACCAAAGAAGCUGGGGAAACUGUGCCCUUGGAUACCUUGAAGAUGCUGAAGCUGGCAGAGCAGUGUCUGGAGAGGGCCCAGUUGACAGCUGCCAAGCUUGGGAAAGCAUGCCUGAAGCCAGCCAUGCCCAUGACUGCUCCUGUCCCCUCACCUGCCAACCGACACCGCCGGGUGUACUCAGACGAAGGGGGGAAGCUCCUCCCGUUUCUGCCACCUGAGAUGUUCCAGAGGCUUCAGGUGGUGGAGUCGCAAAGCUCUAAGAAGGAUCUGACACCCCUGGAGGAGGCCUCCCUGCAGAAUCAGAAGCUGAAGGCCACUUAUGAGGCCAGGAUGGCCCGUCUGAACCCCAGCCAGGCCCUGCAGAAGACAUCGCUGACCCUGUCCCUUCAGCGGCAGAUGAUGGAGAACCUGGUGAUCGCCAAAGCCCGAGAGGAGACUCUGCAGAGGAAGAUGGAGGAACGCCGGCUGCGGCUCCAGGAGGCCACGAACAGGAGGUUCUGCAGUCAGGCCGCUAUCACCCCAGAGGAGCAGGAACAGCGGGACCUCUAUGCUGCCAUCCUUGAGUAUGAGCAAGACCACGACUGGCCGAAGCACUGGAGGGCCAAGCUCAAGAGGAACCCUGGGGACCUGUCGCUGGUGACCAGCCUGGUGUCCCACUUGCUCAGUGUUCCUGACCACCCCAUCUCGCAGCUCCUGAAGAAGCUCCAGUGUGCGGUGUACCGGGCGCUGUACCCCGUUGUGAGCAGGGGUGUUGCAACUGCCUCAGCCCCCGGCUGCUGUUCCCUGCCCCCUGACACCGAUGGGCUGCUGGCUCCUGGAAGCCGGCGCCUCAGGCCCUCACAGAGUCUCUACUGCAUGCUGUCCCCCCCAGAGCCCAGCCCAGCCCCGCAUCCCCCUGAUGGCCCCCCUGCUCACCCCUCCACACACCCACUCCAGCCCGGGGCCCCCGAAAGAGGGGUGGACAGCAGCCCUAAGGGGCUUUCCUCACCCCUGGCCGGCAAGGACAGCUCCUUCGAGGACCUGGAACAGUUCUUGGCCACUUCUGAGAGGUGGGGCCAGGGCCCUGGGGGGUGGACUGAGCCUCACACCUCAGGGGUGAAGGAGGAGCCACUGCUGGAGCAGCUGAGGAGCACCGUGAAGGACAUACACAGUGCUAUCGACAGGCUGCUCUCGCUGACGCUCCUGGCUUUCGAAGGCCUGAGCACGGCCGUGUCCCGGGACUGCUGCCUUUCCUGCCUGGAGGAGCCCUUCUUCUCGCCGCUGUGGCCCCCGCUGCUGGCCCUGUACAGGAGUGUGUACCGCCCCCGGGAGGCUGCCCUGAGCAGGAGCAUGGAGCUCUACCGGAACACACCCCCAGCAGCCCUCGGCAUCCCCUCCAAGCUGCUCCCUCGGGACCCUGAAGCCUCGGAAGCCAGUGCCUACCCCUACUGUGCGGCAGCCCAGGAGCUGAGGCUGCUGGUCCUGGAGAGCUGCCCCCAGAAGAAGCUGGAGUGCAUUGUGCGGGCCCUGCGGAUCAUCUGUGCCUGUGCUGAGGGCUACUACCGGGCCCAGGAGCCUGCACCCGAGGCUAGACCACAGCCUGGCAUGGCUGCCAUUGGUGCUGACGACCUCCUGCCCAUCCUUUCCUUCGUGGUCCUGAGAAGUGGCCUCCCCCAGCUGGUGUCGGAGUGCGCUGCUCUGGAGGAAUUCAUCCAUGAAGGGUAUCUGAUUGGAGAGGGGGGCUACUGUCUGACGUCACUACAGAGUGCCCUGAGCUAUGUGGAGCUGCUGCCCCGAGGCGCCCUGGGCAAGUAGAGGAGAAUGGGACUGCUAAGGACUGUGCAGGAGCCACCUAUACCAGGGGCUCUGCAGUUUUCACCCACACCCUAACCCUACAUCUGCCCCGAGGAGCUGCUCCUAACAGGAUGGGGAUAAGCUGAACCAGGCCCUUCUCUUUCCUGUUCCAGCCUCCAAGAGGCCUUGUGCAGGGAACUGGAGCUGCAGGCUCCCCUAGGGGGGCACAGGGGCAGAGCAAGGGCGUGGGCCUUCUGUCCUUUGUGACAGUCAGCUCCCUGAGCCAAUUUCUUGUUAGAAUCAAGAAGAGAUCUUGUCAGCCCUCUGCCCCUGGAGGCCUGGGGCCCAGGUGGUUUGAGACUGCAGUUUAUUUAUUGAGCAUUGACCACUCCACUCUCCCCUGGAGGCCCAGGCGUCCCUGAGGGACCCACCUGUGUCUGAGGACUCUGAGCCACAUUCCCACCCUUGGCAGUGGGCAUCGAACACCCCCUGGCAAGUUCCUACCCUUGCAUAUCCCCUUCUGGGUGAGUGUGAACCUGAGGGUCAGCACCUGCACUGCCUGCUCUGACUCUACAUGCCCCCGGCAGCCACUGGCCUGGCUGAAAAUAAAGAGGUCACUGAUGUCUCA